CUCUGCCUUCUUUCCCUCAGGAGCCCGGCCUCUAUUCCCUUCCCUUCCGUUCUCGCUCCUUUCUCCUGAAGACCCUUCCGAACCGAACGAGGCCUAGCCGCCCCACUUACCGGAGCUCCGAAGGGGGUAAAAGAAACUAUAAGUGAGCUCACAGAAAAUGAAAUCCUAUCAGAAGCUGACCACAGACUCCACGCAAGUCCCGGAAGCCGGAGAGGACAACGUGGAUGGGAGGCCACUGUGCCACCAAAAGCUCUCUGCCUGGUGGCUGGGCGGAGGCCUCCUGAUGGUGGCCGCUUUGCUUAGCGGAGUGACCGUUUGGGUCCUGGGCCAGAUUUGGUGGAGUCAACAUGGGACGCCUCCCCUAGCCAAGUGCGUCUCCAUCCCAGAAGACCUCCGCUUCGACUGCUACCCGGAAAGAAACACCGUGGUGACGCGGGAACUGUGCGAGGCCCGGGGGUGCUGUUUCGUCGACAGCGAGCAGUCCUCCGGAAGCACCAACGGGGUGCCCUGGUGCUUCUACCCCCCAGAUUUCCCCAGCUACACCUUGGGGAGCGUGAAUGAGACCGAACUGGGGCUGGUGGGGUUCCUGACCAGGAAAGCAAAGGCCUAUUACCCAAAAGACAUUGAGAAACUGCAGCUCAGCGUGGAGUUUGAAACCGAUACCCGGUUACACGUCAAGAUCACCGAUGCCACAUCUCCUCGGUAUGAAGUUCCCUUGGAAGUUCCUCCGGUGACAAAGAAAGCAGAGAACCCCAUAUAUACCGUUGAGUUCUCCAAGGAGCCCUUUGGGUUGAUAGUGAAGCGGAAAACUUCAGGGACAGUGCUGUUGAACACGACGAUGGCUCCCUUGUUCUUCGCUGAUCAGUUUCUCCAGAUUUCUACCCUCCUUCCAUCUUCGUACCUUUACGGUCUGGGGGAGCAUCGAAGCAACUUCCUGCACAGCCUGGAGUGGAACACUUUGACUUUCUGGGCCAGAGAUGUUCCUCCAACGGAGAGCUUCAAUCUCUAUGGCGUUCAUCCGUUUUAUCUUGUCAUGGAGAAGACUGGAGCUGCCCACGGGGUCUUCCUCUUGAACAGCAACGCAAUGGAGGUGGCCCUUCAGCCGGCACCUGCCCUCACCUGGAGGACCAUUGGAGGAGUUCUGGAUUUCUACAUCUUUCUAGGACCAGAUCCCAACUUGGUGGUCCAGCAGUACCAGCAGGUGAUUGGCUUCCCGGCCAUGCCUCCUUAUUGGGGCCUGGGCUUCCACCUCUGCCGCUGGGGCUACGGGAGCAGCAAUGAAACCUGGGAGACCGUAAAAGCCAUGAGGAAUUUCCAGAUCCCCCAGGAUGCCCAAUGGAACGACAUUGACUACAUGGAGGGCUAUCGGGACUUCACUGUGGACUCUCAGAAGUUUGGCGCUCUCCCCCAGAUGGUGGAAGACCUCCACAAACACGGACAAUAUUACGUGAUGAUUCUGGAUCCCGGGAUCAGCAGCACUCAGCCUCCUGGCUCUUACUGGCCGUAUGAUGAAGGUUUGAAACGUGGCGUGUUCAUCAAUAACACCCAAGGAGAACCUCUAAUAGGGAAGGUCUGGCCCGGCCUUACUGCUUAUCCUGACUUCUCUAACCCAGAUACUCACCAAUGGUGGCUGGAGAAUCUGAAUCGUUUCCACUCCAUUGUUCCCUUCGAUGGCAUUUGGAUUGACAUGAAUGAACCAUCUGACUUCAUGGAUGGCUCAUCGGAAGGCUGUUCUCAAGGAGAACUGGAUAACCCACCAUAUGUGCCUGCUGUAUUGGGAGGUUUCCUUUCUGCCAAGACCAUCUGCACCUCCUCCAGGCAAAGCACCUCUGCGCACUACAACCUCCACAACCUGUAUGGAUUGAUGGAAGCCAAAGCGACUGCUAGCGCUCUGAUCAAACUCAGGGAGAAGCGUCCCUUCAUCAUCUCCCGCUCGACUUUUCCAAGCCAGGGCAAAUAUUCAGGACAUUGGCUUGGUGACAACAGGAGCAGUUGGAAGGACAUGGCUUGGUCCAUCCCUGGAAUGCUGAGUUUCAGCCUCUUUGGGAUCCCUUUAGUUGGGGCGGAUAUCUGCGGCUUCUCUGGUUCUACCUCUGAGGAACUCUGCACUCGCUGGAUGCAGCUGGGCGCCUUCUAUCCCUUUUCCCGAAACCACAACACUCAAGACGAGAAGGCUCAGGAUCCCCCGGCCUUCAGCCCUGCAGCGAGGACCACCAUGAAGGAGGCCUUGGAAAUCCGCUACAGCUUGCUGCCCUAUCUCUAUUCUCUUUUCCAUCGUGCUCAUCUGCAAGGGGAUACCGUGGCCCGGCCUCUGUUUUUUGAGUUUCCAAAGGAUGUGGCCACCUACUCCAUCGACAAGCAGUUCCUCUGGGGACGGGGUUUGUUGGUGACGCCGGUGCUGGACCCUGGUGUGGACUGGGUGGUCGGCUACUUCCCUCGAGGCUUGUGGUAUGACUACUACACGGGUUCUCUGGUGAAUAGCAGUGGGGAAAACUUGAAAAUGGCAGCCCCACUCGACCACAUCAAUUUGCACAUCCGUGAAGGGACCAUUCUCCCAACCCAGAAACCAGGUUGCUGCACUGUGAUUAGCCGAGGUAAUCCCAUGCGCUUGAUCGCAGCCUUGUCGCAGAACGCCAACGCCUGGGGAGAUCUUUACUGGGACGACGGCGAAAGCUUGGAUGCCUUUGCGAAGGGCGACUAUUCGUACUUAGUGUUCAACGUCACCCAGAAUACCUUCACUUCUGCCGUCCUGCAUUCCAAUGUGGAAGCCACUCAUGUCACCGUGGAUGUACUGACGGUAUACGGAGUGGGAGAAGAGCCAAAGAUUGUCACUGUCAAUGGGAAGGAGUGGCCAUUCAGCUAUUUGACAAACCAGGUUCUCACCGUAAGUGACCUACAGCUCAACCUCAGCCAGGGAUUCUCCAUACAGUGGAAGUGAGCUGGGCACAGUUUUCUCCAGCCCGGCGGCUGUGUGGCCAUGCGCAGGUUGGGCUUUCGGCCCUUGUGGCACCUCUGGAUGGGGUCACCACACUCUGCGAGUUUUUGUGGGUCCGUCUCUUGGCCUCGUUGUCGUCUCCUCUCUGCCUCUGCUUGGGAAGAGGACUCCUGAUUCUCCCUCCUGCUGCUUCCACUCUGAACACUUCUCUUCCGAGAACCUCCCGCCUCGCCUCUGUGAGAGUCCUUUGCACGUCGCUAGGCAUCCCAUGCCCCACCCCGCAUGUAUCGGAGGGCGUUUUGUGGUUUUGUCAGGAAGGGAGCCGGUGGAAGUGUAAGAUAUCUUUUUCUGGAAAGGAGCCCUGUGUUGCUCCAUGCCAUCGCUGUUUCCUGUGGUAGGGUUGCCUCCAUUGCUGCAUGAAAAAGGAGACCCUCAUCUUGCAUGCCAACCCUCUCCAGUCUAGCCAUUGGCAUUUCCACUUUUCAAGAAUGAAGGGAUGACAAAGGCAGAGCGGGAAAAGACUCUUGGAUCUUGGAAUGGACUUUGCAGGUAGAACUUGGAAAAAAAAGUCAUUUUUUUUCAGAUUAUAUCCUUUUGAGCAAGAGUUGUGUGAAAUCCAUGAGCUGUGUGAUUCUGGGACUGAUAGUCCCAAGUUUUGCAAUGUGAGUGGGAGGUCACACUGGACACCCUAUGACCCUGUCUGGGUUUUAACAUGGAAUAAGGACAGCCAAAGCCAGGAAUAUGCCAGCCUUUUAAACAGAAUUGGAACUAGAAGAAAGUAUAGAACCUCUGAUUGGGCAACUUAGUGUUUAUACCAAUGAGAAGGGGUGAUAUUAUUAUUUUAUUUAUUUCCAACAUUUAUACACAGCAUAGUUGCCUUCCUGUGCCUUUAGAAAUUUGAUCACACACACAGUUCCCAGUUACUCACUAGAUCUAAGUCCUCACUUCAAACUCAAUAAAACCCAGAUUCUUAAAGACUUCCAUGCCAUACGUUAAGUAGCACCUUAUGAAUACAUUAAACAUCAGAUGGCACAUGCUUGCCAAAACUAAGUCGCACCUGCAAAGAUAAAAAUUGGGUUUUCAAUCUACAUGUUACAGUUACUGUCAGUAUUACUUUUGCUUCAAAACACUGUUCAUUGCUAACUGAGCCAUCCAGCUUGGCUCCCAUAGCGAUGAACCUUUGGUCUGUGGCAACGAGCCACUUGUUUCACUAAAUAGCCAAGCGAAAAGGCCACUGUUAGGUGGCUUGAGCGCACAAACUCACUCAGGGGGCUGCCUUGCACAAUAAGGUCCCUUUUGCCAUCUAGGCAAUGGGGAAAUGUAACUUUUUAAAGGGAUCUUGGACCGGCCACCCAACUUGGGUCAAUCCAGGGCAUUUUGAGCCAGCCCUGAACUCACCCUCAGUCUGAAUGUCUCUCGCCUAAACUACAGUAAGAAAAAAAAAUCAAUUGCACUAUUUAUAAUAAUAAUAAUAAUUUUAUUCUUAUACCCCGCCCCAUCUCCCCGAAGGGACUCGGGGCGGCUUACAUGGGGCCAAGCCCAAAUAGAACAAUAAAAACAAGACAAGAAACCAAUAAAACCAAUAAUCAAACCAUAAAAACAAGUCAUAAAAACCACAUACAAGAUAAAAUGUUAUUUUAUGCUAUUUCCCCCCCUGAAUCUAGAGUUCUGUCAAUACAGAUCCUACUGUCUUUCUUUGCUUAUCCUCAGCAAUGAGGAUAAGCUUCUAAACCCUUGGAAAAGCCAUUCUAACAUGUUCCAGUUCAGGGGUUAAAAACUGGAACUGUGGAAUAAUAAUAACAACAACAAAAGACUAAGAUCUCCCUUGGCCAAGAGAAGCGGGGUAUAAAUACAUAUCAUAAAUAAAAUGCAUUUUGUUCAGCUUACCAUCCUGUCCUCAGUUAUCUGAGUCUAAACACUGAACUCAAUGGUACUUUCUUUUGAGUUGAGGUGAAUCACAUCCCCAUCAGCUUGCAAUUCAAUUAGUAAAUGGAUAUCUGAGUGAGAACAUUGGAAGAUGAUUUAGAUCCAUCCCAUAGUUCCAAUAAGACCUGCUUCCUCGUGUUCUUCAACAGCCUUGGAGAUUGGAGGUGUAUUGCAUUACGUUGGCCUUUUAGGAGUUGCCUUAGUUGGUUUGGUUUGACGUUUUUGGGAAAGUGUUUUGUUUGGGCUGCCAAAGACUUGAAAUAGCUUGCCUUUAUUAAACGAAUGUCCAUUUGAAGUUGGAUGAUCUACUGUUGCCAUAUGUUAUAUUAUUGAUGGAUUGUUAGAAACUAUAAACGCCAUCAUUCACAUUUCUUUCCAUUUGCCUUUUAAGCCAAGCACAGAUUUAAAACAUAAACAAAUAUGCCGGUAAGAACCAGGACUACUGAUGAAAUGUUGUCUUCCCUCUACAUAACACUGGGAUAGCUUUCUCCAUCCAGAUCAUGAAAUCGUCUAGCAAACAGAACUAGAAUUGGAGAUCUGGGCAUAAAUCUGCAGACUUAAGGGCAUUUACCUUAAACACCACUCAGGCCCCAUCCAUACUGACCAUAUGGUGCAUUUGAAACGGCAUUAUAUGGUCAGUGUAUCUAUUAUCUAUAAAAGGGUACUGGAAUCACGGCACCGGACAAAACAACUAAACUAAAUGCUCUACAACCUUGAAAAUUGACAGCACAACCUCUCAUCCACGCCUCUACAUUCAUACAACAAAAAGAAAAGAAAAAUUAAGUCCUAGCCACAGCAACGCGUGGCCGGGCACAGCUAGUAUUCAUAUAAUACAGUUCAAUGUAGUUCAACUAUAUUGUAUGAGUAGAUGGGGCCCCAGUGAGACUUAAUUCUGAUUAAAUAGUCUUGUGCCAUGCGAUCGUUUGGGAGAAAGUGAAGAAGUGUGGCUCUUUAGAUUAUUUUGAAAUGUUUGCUUGAUUCCUUUCCUAACGUAUCUGUGCCAAACAAACAACAACAAUAAAAUACAGAUGUUGAAACUGU